UAUGACUAGUGAAAUAACGGUCAAUUUGAACGAAAAACGGUUGAAAUGGAACAUCUGCCUAGGGAAAUUUUAUAACCACGACUAUUCCCAUCGCAUUGGAUAAUUCCCAACCACUUGUCAAGUAAAUGUCAUUACGCCAUCGAGUGAACGUGAUUUCCUACUUCUUGUAAAUCCUAGGUCCACCUUUUGCGGGAAGAAUACAUUUUUGUUUUGCCGGCGGAACUGGACCGAAUGUUUACGAAUUUCAUAAAUGAAUAAAUAAACACGGAAGGGUGUGUUGAUGUAAAUCGGGCGAAAGUAGACAUAAUUUUCAAUAAAGUCUAGAUAGACUCGCGGCCCUUGGCAUAGCCUCGAUAUUAUUAUGAGUUCUGGUUGAAGGAUUGCAUUGGAUAAAAGACUCAUAAUUUGCAGACAAAUCCAAGAAACUGUGUAGUCCCUGGGUACAACGAAAAGUCGUGAUUACAACCGAUAACGCAAGUGCAACUUUAAAAAGUGUUUCGCGACUGUUGUGCAUAAUGUCACGUAAUAGUAGAAAAAAGGUCGAAAGCACCCCAGCUUCUGAAUGUAUUGUCUGUCAAGAGGAUCUGGGGGAUUCCCACCAGUUGGUUUUCGAUGAAGUCGGGGUCGAACUUGAGCUGCAGAAGCUUCUCUUCGAGUGUUUCAAUUUGAAAGUUGUCCAGGACAAGAAUAUAAAGCAGGCGGUUUGCGACAAUUGUCUAAAUGACCUCAUUGAGACUGUUGAUAUCCACCAAAAAGUUGUUGAAGAACAAACGUCGAAUCCAGCUGGCGAAGGGCCAUCCGGAGGAACAGGGAAUAAGAUCAUACCAACUGGCGACGAUGCCGAAAUUUUUGAUAACGAAUCGGCUGUGGAAGUGCUUGAUUCAGAAGAUGAGCUUACGGAAGAAAUGCUCGAAGAAGGUCUUCUGUACAGUGAUCCAGAUAGUGAAGAAGAUGACGAUGUUGGCUUAAAGAAUAAUUCGUUAAGUGUUGGCGAUGAUGACAGCAAAGAUGCAGAGGAAGGCCAUACAGAAGGCAGCCAAAUGGGCCUGGAUGAAGAUGAUGAAGAAUUUUAUGAGAACAUCGAUUACCUUGAGGACAUGGAUCAGAAUUUCGAUUUUCGAUCGUACAAAAUGCAAAGUCUAAAUAGUAAAUUCGACGACAUCAUUUUUCCAUCGGACAUUAUUUGCCAGCUUUGUACAGAAUCAUUCAGCAAGCAUGCUGAACUGAUGGAACAUAUAAAAACUCUUCACGGCGCAGAUGGUUCUUACACCUGUGUAUUGGCCGACAAUUGUGAACCAGCCACUAAUUUCGAUGAUAUGGCAUACCAUUUAGUAUUUAAGCACUAUGAUUUGAAUAACAUCUCCUUGUAUGCCCAAUGUCCGUCUUGUGCAAAACGAUUUUCUACGUUCACGACAUUCAACAAACAUUCUUGCAACGACACUAAAGCUUUAUCACGAGCGCUUACGCAGUGUAAUAAAUGUGGAGAUCUUUUCCAAUCCAAUAAAAGAUAUCGAUUCCACUUACAGUUUCAUUUAGAUGAUCAUAGACCAAAAGGUUGUCUCAUCUGUGAUAAGAUGUUCGCUGAUGAGAAUCAUCUUUUUGAGCAUUUGUUCUACGAGCAUGAGGAGCAUACGGAUUUCACUUGCAUAAGAUGUGAUCGAGUAUUUACCACUGAGGAAAACCUAGCUAGCCAUAAAAAAGUGCAUGAGAUUGGAAGGUCUUUCAAAUGCCAAAUGUGUCCGAAAUCUUAUUUAUAUAAUCAGCAACUUAAAGAUCAUGUGCUUGCACACCACAGUAAUAAGAGGGCAUUCCAAUGUCACAUCUGCGGGAAAUAUUUGUACAAACAAUCCUUGCUAAACAAACAUAUUACGCUCCACGAUAAACCAGAGGAAAAAGAAGUGUCUUGCUGCAGUAUCUGUGGAUUCGUUGGAGAAAGCGAUGCGGAUACUGAAGAUCACAUUCAAAAACAUCACAAAAAUGAUUCGGAAAGCUACAUUGUCGUCGAGAAAAUCGACGUGGCCUAUUGCUGUGAGUACUGUGAAAUGGCUUUUCAAAAUAGGGAAACCUUACGCACACAUCGAAACACCCAUUCGAAAAAUCAGUUCUUUUGCAAUAUGUGCCCGUUAGUGUAUGAUGAAUUCAAAAAACUGAAAACACACAAGCUUACGCACGUGGAUUAUGUGGAUAAAAGAAAAACUUUUCCAGUAAUGCGUCACUAUUUAUGCGAUGUGCAGGAUUGUACGCACAGCUAUCUGCAGUGGACAACUUUGCGAUCUCAUAAAAGGAAUAAGCAUUUAAACAAAAAUGUUUUCACUUGCCCAAAGUGUUCAGAGGAGUUCACAAAUUCGAUUCGUUUCAACCAACAUAUGCAAACUGUUCAUAGCGGAGCUGUCCACGCUUGCCCCCUGUGUGAUAAAACGUACUCUUCCAAGAUGGCAAUAUCAGUGCAUGUAGCCAGGAAACAUAAUUCACCAAAACUUCACUGCGACAAAUGCUCCAGCGUUUUUGUAAAUGAAUAUUACCUGCAAAGGCAUAUAACUGCAAUGCACUCUCCUGCACAAUGUCCGUCUUGCAACAAAGUUUUGAAAAGUUUAAAAAAUUUACAAGUUCAUCAACGAUCUGUGCACAAUCAGGAAAAGCGAUAUUUCUGCAGAUAUUGCAACAAGGGAUAUUUCAAUCAGUGUGGUGCUAUAGAACACGAAGAAACGGUGCAUAAGAAAAGUAAACGAUUUCAAUGUAAUCUUUGCGACUAUAAGGCUAUUUAUAAGCAAACCCUAACAGUGCAUAUGCGCGCUCACAACAAUGAGUCCCCUUAUAAAUGUGAAAUAUGUCCAAAGGCUUUUCGCCGUGCUUAUGGCUUGUCCUUGCAUAUGAGGAGGCACUUCGACAUUAGAGACUUCGUUUGUCCAUAUGAAGGCUGUGGCGCUGCCUAUCCGAAUCAGGGUAUUCUGAAUUCACAUUUACGGAAAAAGCAUCCAAAUGGAAUAAAUGUAAAACCGCGCAAACGAAGAACAAUUGCAAUUACCGGCUCGUCACCAACGGAAAAUGACAAAGUCAAACAAAAGAAAUCACGUCGCCGAUUCGAUGUACCCAUUACAAACGUCUUCGUAGAUGACGAUGACGGUUUAGAUGAUGGUGUUAUAGGCGAACCUCAAAACAUGCCCUCACGGUCAGACAAUAAUGAAAUAAAUGAAGAAAAUCCUGAUGAACCUGUUGCUUAUAUCUUCGAAGCAAGCGGACAACAUAAUCCAGCUGUGAUUGUGCAACGCAAUGAAUCUGAUCAUGAUUAUAUUGUAAGACCUGAUGAUAGUAAAAUUUAUGGGAAUGUUAUUGAAGAAUAUGAAGUGGUUGCAGCGGAUGUUGUACUGCAACAGUGAAUGAAUACUACUUGUACUGAGAAGAAGUGAUCAACUUUGUAAGAAAUAAAAUUGUUUUUACUAUGUAAAA